AUGGAAGGAAGAUUGAAAGCCAUACGGGCCGGUAACAGAUCAGCGGUAACGAAACUUUUCGGACGAUUUUUGGACUUGAAAGAAAAUACAGCCAGUGAAGUAACGGAGGAAGUCGAAAUAAUUAGAAGGUCUCUGACGCAAAAAAGACAAAUUCUACAAGAACUAAAUGAACGCAUAUUAGACGCAUUAUCUGAAGAGGACAUAGAAGAAGAAAUCACAAACACAGAUGAGUAUAUGUACGAAUUAGAUUGCAAAAUUAAGAAAACAGAGAAAUUUACAGAAAAAGUUUCAUGUGAAACUUUGAACGCCAGUGCUGAGUGUUUUGUACCCGCCUUAGAAAUUCAUGAUAGCAACGUAAACACGCCAGCUGCAAUUAACUCAAGUGAAACGGCAUGUGAGAAUAUUUUAAACAAUUUUCCUGCCACUGAUCUCGAUGAACAAAGUAACCACGAUUGGCAGAAAAAUGUUUUGUCAUUACCAUCCAACCACGCUACGAAUAAUCAUAGAUUACCGAAGUUAAAUCUUCCAGAUUUUGAUGGGGAUAUCUUACAAUGGAAUACGUUUUGGGAUUCAUUUGAAUCAACAAUUCACCGCAACCAAACUUUAACACCAAUUCAAAAGUUUUCGUAUCUCAAGGCUCAAUUACGCGACGCAGCAGCACAAACCAUUGCAGGAUUUACUCUCACAAACGCAAAUUAUGAAACCGCCAUAGACCUGCUCAAGGAACGGUUUGGUCAACCGCAAAAAAUUAUCAAUGCUCACAUGAGAGCACUUAUGGAACUGCAUGCCCCGAGAAACGACGCCAUAAGUUUAAGAAAUUAUGGAGACUGCUUGGAAUCUCAUGUCAGGAGUUUAGAGUGUCUAGGACAAAAACAAGAGAUGUACGGAGCUUUACUUAUUCCAGUCAUAAUGAACAAGCUACCAGCUGAAAUCAGGAAAAACAUUGCACGUGAGUACGAUGGUGACAACAUUUCACUACACAAUCUUCGUAAAGCUUUCAGCAAAGAAGUCAAAAUCCUUGAAUCAGGCCAGAUUGAAAACAGCGAUGGAUUCCACACAACAGCAAUGUUUCUUACCGGAGCCUCAAAGAAACAACCCAUGUUCAUAAUGGACACAACCAGAAAACAAGAGAGUCAACUCCUUAUGUCGAAACAACAGAGAUAA